AAGAACACAACGCUCAAGGCCAAAAGCUGGAAAAGCCCCGUCCAAUCCGUCGUCGCCUCUCGCCUCUGGCUCACCUCGCGUCAUAAAAGCGUGGGCGUCGCAUCGCAGGCUUGUCUAGCCGCAGCGACGCGGCAGCAGCAGCAGCAACUCUGUUUACGCGCUCGCGCGCGCGGCAGCCGAGGAAAUCGAGGGACGACGCGGUCGACGCAGGGGGGCAGGAGGAGCAGAGAGGGAUGGGGGAGGAGCUAAAGAAGAAGGAGAUGGCUGGAGAGCGACGCCCUCGUAUGCAUUAAUGGGGUCCUCAUCCUGUUCCCACAGGCCACAUCCUCCUCGCGGCCGCGGUUGAUUCCUCCCCUGCCUUUUAACUACCCACCACAACCCCCCUUGUCCCAAGGGGGACGACGCAAAACCGAGGCGCAACCCUAGUGGCGGGCGCCAUGGGCAUCGAUCUCAACGCGGCGGACGACAACAGGGACGCGCGCGCGCCUCCGCCUUCGCCUACGGCGGUGUGCAGGGAGCUGUGGCACGCCUGCGCGGGGCCCAUCGUGGCCCUGCCGCGGCGGGGCAGCAAGGUCGUGUACCUGCCGCAGGCGCACCUAGCGGCCGCCGGCUGCGGAGGGGACGUGGCGGUGGCCCUGCCGCCGCACGUGGCGUGCCGCGUUGUGGACGUCGAGCUAUGCGCGGAUCCAUCGACGGACGAGGUGUACGCGCGGCUGGCACUGAUGGCGGAGGGCGAGGUCUUUGAGAGGAACAUGGAAGGUGGUAGAAAUGAAGGAGAAGAUGACACGGAGGAUGGCGAUGGAGAAAGGAAGUCCCGAAUGCUGCAGAUGUUCUGCAAGACACUAACGGCCUCUGACACAAGCACGCAUGGAGGAUUCUCUGUUCCUCGCCGUGCUGCCGAGGACUGUUUCUCUCCACUGGAUUACCAGCAGAUCAGGCCUUCCCAGGAGCUUGUUGCCAAGGAUUUGCAUGGAGCGAAGUGGAGGUUUCGCCAUAUUUAUAGAGGUCAACCACGUAGGCAUCUUUUAACUACCGGAUGGAGUUCAUUUGUCAAUAAAAAGAAACUUGUCUCAGGGGAUGCAGUCUUAUUUCUCCGAGGUGAUGAUGGUGAACUAAAACUUGGCGUAAGGAGAGCCAUUCAGCUUAAGAACGAGUCCCUUUUCAAAGCUUUCAGUAGCAAUAGCUCAAAGAUGAAUGCACUGUCUGCAGUUGCUAAUUCCUUGAAACAUAGAAGUGUUUUCCACAUCUGUUACAAUCCAAGGGAUGCUGCAUCUGAAUUUAUUGUUCCGUAUUGGAAGUUCCUGAAGAGCUUGAACCAUCCUUUUUGUAUUGGGAUGAGGUUUAAGAUUCAGUAUGGGAGUGAAGAUGUUAAUGAGAGGCGGUCUGGGAUGAUUACAGGUGUUACUGAAGUAGAUCCCAUUAGGUGGCCAGGUUCAAACUGGAGAAGCCUGCUGGUAAGAUGGGAGGAUGGCACUGACUGUAAUAGCCAAAAUAGACUAUCUCCUUGGGAGAUCGAGAUAGUUGGUGGUUCAGUCUCAAUUGCUCAGUCUCUGCCAGCAUCUAGUUCUAAAAGAACUAAACUGUGCUCUCAGAGCAAUUUGGACGUCCCAACUCUUUAUGGAAAUGGUUGUCCGGACUCCAUGGGAACUGAUAAGCUCCCCAGGGUCUUGCAAGGUCAAGAAUUGAUGGGUUCCGGAACUCAUCGUGUUACGUGUUCUCCUCAGCAAGCUGGUGUCACAGAAUUUAAGUGUUCUGAUGGUAUGGGAUUCAUUACUAAUACACGAAGCUGCAUGUUGAGUGGUCCAACAAGCAGACUUCCCGCUCGGAACUCCGGUUUUAGCUACCAAUCUGUAGGUUUCGGUGAAUCAGUUGGAUUCCCUGAGGUCUUGCAAGGUCAAGAAAUUUCUCAGACAGUUCCUUUGUUCCAAGGAACGGUUUCUGAUACAUGUUCGGCAAAAGGGAGAUAUGGGUUGCACAAUAUGCGUACCUCAUAUGCCGUUAGUGGGGGGCUAUCGUCUGCAAUUCAGGGACGUUCACUCUCUCUAUCUACUCAGCCACCAGCAGAAAUGGCUUCUCCCUUGCCCACAGUGGUUCCACAGCUCGGGCUGUCAAGCAAGAACAAAGACGGGGAUGCAAAUGGUAGCCAGCCUGAGCCAUUUGGAAUUGUGAAGGCUUCAACUCCUGGAGAUGCUGUUAAGAUUGGGCCUGAUGGAAGGAAAGUUGCCCGAAGUAGUUGCAUGCUUUUUGGUUUUUCCUUAACUGAGAAGAUUUUGCCAACAGAAGAAGACUGUGUCAAGGAAGGGAAUCAUGAAACUGAUUGCCAAAAUCCACGGAUGCUAGACUUGUUUGGAUAUGGCCAUGCUACUCCUGGUGCUCUUCACGCUCUCUGUGCCGCUCCCCUAGGAAUAUGAUGCUACUUCACUAUCCAAGGAUCUUCGGCGAAUAUGUUCAUGAGCAUGCAGCAGCCACCACUCCGUUGUCUCGCACCAGGUGUAGGCAGCAUUUUCUUGUGCGGCUUCUCUAUCACCGUGUUCCUGAUGCACUGCUUAUCGUUCUAUCUCAUGCCUGGCAACCAAAUGCAACAUGUAUUGCAUCCGAAACUGUACCAAGAAUUGUGAGCAGUCAUCUAUCGCAUCAGCCUUUAUGUACUCUGUACUUUCGCAUGUUUUGUACCAGGUACAUCAGAAGUUUUCGCAUGUUUUGCUUCUGUAGCUGGCUGUAUGCCUGUAUGACAGAACCUUGGCUGCUA